GAUUCGGAUUCGGAUUCAUAUCGGUUUUCCACCGAUUUCGUUUCAUAUCCACGGCGGGGUCCACCGGAGGAGCGUAAAGGCCAGCAGUGGAUUUUCGGUUGGUUGAUUAUGGGAGCAUUUGCGGUGCUGGUGUUCAAGUGUUCAACAUACGGUAGAUCUACCGUAAUCAAACUUCAGGUUGGUGAGUCCGGCACGGCGAGAACACUCCAGAAGGAUCUUGAUCAGAUGCCUAAAAUUGAGUAUGCAUGUUUUCCUCAAAAGGAUUUGAGCUGUGUUUUGACAGGUAUUACCUUCAAAUUUGGUAAAUGGUGGUUUCAUAAUGGAAGGAGUAAUUUCAGCAGGGGGAAGUUGUUCAAACUUUCGAAGAAAUUAGUACAAAAUCUUCGUAGUUCAGCAUAUGAUCAUUAUUACCAUAUCGUUAUUGACAUUCUAGGAUACGCUAGAAGUACCAAUUUAUCUCCAUUUCAAUUGAGGAUCUAUAAGCAUAGUUUGACUUGGAAUUGAUCUGUGAUAUCGCAUUGUUUUUCUUCUUAAUUCCUUUUGGUUGCAGGUGCAACAGCAGCUUUGCUUCGCCAUUCUCAUGAUUGCAUAUCAGGAUAUUCUUCUGUUGCUACCAUACGAAAUAUAUAUUCUGCAUACAGUAAAAUACUACAAUCGAAUUGAAUUGGAAGAGAGGGCUAAAUUUGACAAAGUUGGUUUGAACAACAUCAAAAGGAAAAGUUCAACAGAAAGACCAGGGGGUUUGCAAAAUGAAUUUCUAGUGGUUACAUUAAUCGUGGUUGUGGAAGGGAAACACAAAUUUCUGACCAUCAACAAUAACACUGACUUGACGAAAGCCUUGCAAAAUCUCGGAUCCAUUCCUUCCAGCAACUUAAUAGCAGUAAGAGUGCUAUGGACUCCUCAGCAGGAAAAUGAUACUCUGUUGGGGCAAGAACUACUUGAAGAUUACUACCCCCUUUUGAAACCCUUUUGAAAGGGAAAAAUGGAAGAUAUACAAUGUAAAUGCACAUUUGGUAGAGAACUAGAGAUUCAGAAAGGUAAUCGAUACAUAUAUGGAGCUACGUUGUUUCUACAUUUAACGUAGCGUGUUGUGUAGCCAUUUUGAGGUGCGGUUGGUCAUCAGAUUACGAAAAACGAAAUUUC